AUGUGCUCGGAGACGAGUCCCAGGAUAUCAUUUUCCCAUGAUCUUUGCCAGGCGGAAGUUGUAGAAAUUAAUGAAAUGGAAUCUCGAAGGGACACAAUGCUUUUGGACUCGAAUCCCGAUUUUGAAUUUAGCAUUUCAAGUUGUUUUGAUCGAGAAUCGUCUUCAGCUGAUGAGCUUUUCGCUAACGGUGUGAUUCUUCCGGUACAAGUUCAAGACAACAUCGGUGCUUCGAAAAAAGUCCUGACACGUUCGGCUCCACCUGCUGUUUCUCUUCCUCCUCUUCAUCGUCCUCCUUCGAGUAAUGACGCCGUGAAGAAAGGUAUCAGUGUGAAGGAAAUGUUGGUUGUGAAAUGUGAUUCCGAGGAUCAAAAGCCUCAACAGGCUAAAUCUUUCUGGGGUUUCAAGAGAAGUUGCAGCCUCAACCAUGAAGCCAAGAAAAGUUUGAUUUGUUCUUUACCUCUUCUGUCUCGAAGCAAUUCAACUGGUUCAGUGCCUAACAAUAAACGAUCAUCAUCGUUAAAAGAUAAUCACAAUCACAAGGCAAGGUCUUCAUCAACUUCUACUGCAUAUCAAAAGCCUCCAUUGAAGAAAAACUAUGUGGGUUCUUACGGAAAUGGUGUGAAAAUUAGUCCUGUGUUGAAUGUGCCGCCUCCUUAUAUUUCUAAAGGGACUGCAAAUCUCUUUGGUUUAGGGUCUCUCUUACGCAGUGGAUCAAAAGACAAGAAGAAUAACAAGAAGUGA